AUGCUGGAAUCCUAUGUAACUCCUAUUUUGAUGAGUUAUGUGAAUCGCUACAUAAAGAACUUGAAGCCUUCAGAUCUACAGUUGUCACUCUGGGGAGGAGAUGUUGUACUUAGUAAACUUGAAUUAAAGUUGGAUGUACUUGAGCAGGAGCUGAAACUACCAUUUACUUUUUUAAGUGGGCAUAUUCAUGAACUUCGGAUUCAUGUGCCAUGGACAAAAUUGGGAUCAGAACCAGUUGUCAUCACUAUCAAUACGAUGGAAUGCAUCUUGAAAUUAAAGGAUGGAGCUCAGCAGGAAGACCACGAAAGUUGUGGCUCCAGUUCAACAAACCGCAGUACCACGGAAAGCAUGAAAUCUGCAGUAAAACCACGACGAGUUCAGCAGUCUGCUUCUCCUGACCCUGAUUUACCUCCAGGUUAUGUUCAGAGUUUGAUUAGGCGUGUUGUAAACAAUGUCAACAUUGUGAUCAACAAUCUCAUAUUAAAAUAUGUAGAGGAUGAUAUUGUUCUCUCAGUCAAUAUCACUUCUGCAGAAUGCUAUACAGUGGAUGAGUUUUGGGAUCGAGCGUUUAUGGACAUCUCUGCCACCGAUCUGGUACUGAGAAAGAUGAUCAACUUUUCUGACUGCACAGUAUGUCUUGAUAAGAGAAAUGCUAGUGGUAAAAUUGAAUUUUACCAGGAACCUCUGCUGUACAAAUGUUCCUUCAGGACUCGUCUGCAUUUUACUUAUGAUAAUCUCAACUCCAAAAUGCCAUCUAUUAUUAAAGUUCACACAUUAGUUGAAAGUUUGAAACUUUCAAUCUCUGAUCAGCAGCUUCCGAUGUUUAUACGUAUAAUGCAACUUGGGAUUGCUCUUUAUUAUGGAGAAAUAGGCAACUUCAAAGAUGGGGAGAGUGAAGAUUUGAUUUGCCACACUAAAGAUAUGUUGGGAAAUAUCACAGGUGCAGAAGAUGAAACAAGCUCAGUAAUGCAAUAUCCAACACAGUAUAUUAAUCAAGAUCCUUAUUUGCACCAAGAUGAUGACCAGCAACAAGGAUGGGUUUCUUGGGCUUGGUCUUUUGUUCCUGCUAUUGUGAGUUACGAUGAUGAAGAGAAUGAUUCUAGUGGAAUUGAUGAUGGAACAACGCUACAUCAGCAGAAAUCUCAAUCCCUCAAGGAUCCUAUUAUUUCAAUUGGGUUUUACUGUACAAAGGCAACAGUGACUUUUAAGCUCACUGAAAUGCAAGCUGAAAGUAGUUAUUACAGUCCUCAGAAAGUAAAAUCCAAAGAAGUUAUAUGCUGGGAACAAGAAGGAACCACAGUUGAGGUCCUUAUGAAAGGUGAACUUUUCUUUGAUUGCCAAAUAGGUUUUGUUGGUUGCCAAGCUAUGUGCCUUAAAGGAAUUAUGGGAAUUAAAGACUUUGAAGAGAACAUGAAUAGGAGUGAUGAAGAGGCCUCCUUCUUUAAUUGCGGAGAAAAUUUGAGUGCAAAAGGGAUGACAUACCUUACGAAUUCACUAUUUGAUUACAGAAGUCCAGAAAAUAAUAGUAUUCGUGCAGAAUUUAUAUUGGAUGCAGCUCAUCAUAAGGAGACGUACACAGAGAUAGCUGGAAUGCAGAGGUUUGGGGCUUUCUACAUGGAUUACUUGUACACAAUGGAAAGCACCAGUGGCAAAGUUUCUGGGAAUCAGCAAGACCUUUCUUCAGUAAAGAGUGAAGAUUUUGGAAAUGUUCAGGAGAUGUCUACAAAAAGCCUCAUUGUGGGCCCACUCAAUCUUCGAUUGGAUAGCAGUGCGGUACACCGGAUAAUGAAAAUGAUAGUUUGUGCUCUGGAACAUGAAUAUGAGCCAUACAGCAGAACUAAGCCAGAUAUUAUGGACGGAAAUAGAGCUAUGCCAAGCUCAGAAGAAGUAGCAUUAUUGGAGGAAUACAUUCCCACUCGACUUACAACUUUCACUGUUCUUAAGUGUACGAUUAUAAUCCCUGUGGCAGAAUUCAAUUUACUAGACCACCUGAUGCCCAUAAUCAUGGGUGAGAAGAACUUAAGUGGACUGUUAAAUGCCGCAAGCUUCCAGCCCCUGCGGCCUUUACCUUCUGUCCGAAUCUUGGUGGAUAAAGUUAACCUGGAGCACUCGGUGCCGAUGUAUGCUGAGCAACUGGUGCACAUGGUCAGCAGCCUUGGCCAGCCAUCUGACAACCUGCUUCAUUACUGUUAUUCACACUGCUAUCUGAAGAUAUUUGGUUUUCAAGCAGCACUGACUUCUUUGGAUAGUAAAGGAUUGUACUGCUUCCCUGUUCCAGUUAUUCCCUCAUUCAGUACUGCUGUUUAUGGCAAGCUGAUCAAGUUUCCCAAAUAUUGGAUCAAGCGAGCUCAUGUCCCACUGACAGAAUGCAUAUUUGAGCUUCCUAAUUUGACAGUUCAAGCAACUAGAGCUCAAACCCUUCUGCUUCAAACUAUUUAUCAGAGCUGGUGUCAUCCUGCUGGAAAUGUCAGUUCGGUGGUGGUAAAUGAAGCUUUACUGAAUGAGGUUUUCCAAACUUCAGGUGUGAAAUCUAAGAAUCCCCUGCCAACUCUUGAGGGCUCAAUCCAGAAUGUUGAAUUGAAGUACUGCGGCACAUCAUUGGUCAAAUGUGCCUCUGGGACCGUGGGAUCAAUAAAAAUUUGUGCCAAAGCCCCAGGUGAUGGUGGAAAAGAGAAGCUGAUUCCUUUAAUUCAAGGCCCUUCUGACACCAGAGACUUACACAGCAGUAAAUGGCUCAAUGAGAGUAGAAAGCCAGAAUCUCUCUUAGCUCCAGAUUUGGUAGCCUUUACAAUCCAAAUUCCACAGUAUAUGGACUACUGCCAUAAUUCUGGUGCAGUACUCUUGUCCAGUGUACAAGGAUUAGCAAUUAAUGUCGAUCCGGUCCUGUAUACUUGGCUUAUCUACCAACCUCAGAAACGAGCUAGUAGACACAUUCAGCAGCAGUCUGUAGGAACUGUUCCGCUUGGUGUGUCAGUAACUCGAAAAAAAGAGGAUGAAGCAUCAGUUGGAAGUGCACCUUUGGCAAGGCAGCAAUCAAAUCAAGCCUCUGAGUAUGCCAGCAGUCCUGUCAAAACAAAAACAGUAACAGAAUCUCGUCCUUUGUCACUUCCUGUGAAACCCAUGCUGAACUCAUCUGAAAGCUGCAGAAGUCCUGAAGAAAGAAUGAAGGAAUUUAUUGGAAUAGUGUGGAAUGCAGUUAAGCGCCUUACACUUCAGCUUGAAGUGCAAUCUUGUUGUGUAUUCCUUCCGAAUGACAGCCUGCCUUCCCCAAGUACUAUUGUAUCAGGUGACAUUCCCAGGACUGUGCGAAGCUGGUAUCAUGGGCAGGCCAGUAUGCCUGGCACACUUGUCGUCUGCUUGCCCCAGAUAAAGAUUAUGAGUGCUGGACACAAACACAUGGAACCAUUGCAGGAAAUCCCAUUUGUUGUGCUGAGACCCAUCCUGGAAGAAGGUGAUGCUUUUCCGUGGACUAUUAGCCUUCAUCAUUUCAGUAUAUAUACUCUUCUUGGACAACAGAUGACACUUGAUUUAGUGGAACCAAUGGGCUGUACUUCUACUUUAGCUGUUACUUCACAGAAACUGCUUGCUUCAGGGCCAGAAUCCAGACACUCAUUUGUUGUCUGCCUCCAUGUCGACCUUGAGUCCCUUGAAGUAAAAUGCUCCAACCCCCAGGUUCAGCUUCUGUAUGAACUGGCUGAGAUCACAAGUAAAGUUUGGAAUAAAAUUCAGAGAAAAGGAAUUCUAUAUCAGUCUUCUGUCUAUACUGAAACCAUGACAGGACCUGCUCCUCCUAGCUCUCCAGUUAAAAGUAGUGUUGGUACCGCUCCACCAGAUACCAGCACAUACAGCCCAUCUGCUGACAUUGGAACCACUACAGAGGGUGAUUCUCUUCAGAGUGGUGAUGAUUCUCCAUUCUCAGACUCCAUUACCUUGGAACAAACAACAAGUAAUAUCGGAGUCUCAAGUGGACGUGUCAGCCUAUGGAUGCAGUGGAUGUUGCCAAAAAUUACUAUAAAGUUGUUUGCUCCUGAUCCUAGAAAUAAUGGCACAGAAGUUUGUGUUGUCAGUGAAUUAGAAGAUCUCAGUGCCUCAGUGGAUAUGCAGGAUGUCUAUACCAAAAUCAAAUGUAAAAUAGAAAGCUUCAAUAUUGACCAUUACAGAAACAGCCUUGGGGAAGAUUCUUGGUCUCUGGGGCAAUAUGGAGGUGUGUUCCUUUCCUGUACUGACAAGCUGAACAGACGUACCUUGUUGGUUCGACCCAUCAGCAAGCAGGACCCUUUCAGUAAUUUCUCUGGCUUCUUUCCCUCUACAACUGCAAAACUUUUAGAUGGCUCACACCAACAACAUGGAUUUCUUUCUCUCACUUAUACCAAAGCUGUGACAAAAAAUGUCCGGCACAAACUGAUAUCAAGAAAUGAGCGAAGAACAUUCCAUAAGCUCUCAGAAGGUCAUACUGAUGGUUCGCCUCACUUUCUUCAUGAGAUCCUUCUCUCUGCUCAGGCUUUUGACGUGGUCCUCUGUUUUCCAUUGCUUAAUGCUAUUGCAAGCAUUUUUCAAGCCAGGUUGCCAAGGAGUCAAAAGGAGAAAAGAAAAUCACCAGGCCAACCUAUGAGGACUCAUGCUCUAACUUCCCGCAACUUGCCUCUGAUUUAUAUCAACACUGGUGUAAUAAGAGUCUUUUUUCCCCAAAAUGAGGAAGAUCACCAUACUGCAGAAGCUAAUCCGGCAAUUAAAGAAGACACUUUGGUUCUCAAGAUUGGAUCUGCCUGUAUGGCUCCUCAGGCUGACAACCCUCUUAGUAGAGCUGUGCUUAGAAAAGACAUUUAUCAGUAA